AUGCUGCAUGGAAAGUGGAGACGAUCCAAGGUGAUAGGUAGAUAGUUUUCUCAUAUAUAGACAGACCAUCUCCUCAAUCUGGGUCCUCCAACCCCAAGAACCAGAUCUGACAGCAGAAUCAUGGCGGACUCUCAGCUUGCGAACCUGGAGGCCUUCCUCCUGGGUCAUCCAAGUAUUAAAUACACAGCACCCUCGUCACCGGAGUUCUCCACCGUGUGCAAAGUAUGGAACCUGGCCCGUCCAGACAUCCCGCUUGCUGUCGUCCAUCCUCAGGAUGCAGAGGAUGUGAAGGUUUUAGUACAAUUUGCCAAGUCUAACAGACUCAAAUUCACCAUCCGCGUAGGAGGCCAUAACAUGGAAGGCCGGGCCCUCGUGGAUGGCGCCCUUGUUAUCGAUCUUCGGGCGCUUACAGGGGUCAAGGUAGCCGAAGAUCACCAAUCGGCUACAGUGGAGGGAGGAAUCCUUCAGGGGGAGCUCGGAACGAAACUGUGGGCUGAAGGACUCGCCACGCCCACGGGGUCAAUACCGUGCGUUGGCUAUGUCGGGUGGGCGAUGUAUGGAGGAUAUGGACCCUUCUCAUCCCACUGGGGGCUGGGGGCUGAUCAGAUCCUUGGUGCAACGAUCGUGAAUCAUAAUGGGGAGAUUAUCAAAGCGGAUGAGAAGCUCCUAAGAGGCAUUCGUGGGGCGGGAGGCGUGUUUGGUGUCAUUGUUGACCUGACUAUCAAGGUGUACCCGCUUAAAAGUCUGCUGGCUGGUGUUAUCCUGUUUAAUUCCCAGGAUAUCACCAAGGUCUUUGCCGAUUUUAGCACUGGAUACCAAAAGCUAUUAGAAAAUGGCAUUCCCGAGCAGCUAACCAUCCAACAAGCAGUAUUCAACGCGCCUCCUGGACGCGUGUUCGCUGUCAUUAUCGCGUGGAGUGGCGAUGACCUCGAAGAGGGCAAGCACUGGAGUAACCAGAUCGCAUCCCUGGGACCACUACUCAUGAGCACAGUCACAGAGACUACAAUCCCUGAGUGGUUCACCGGAAACGCAGCCUUGGUCCCGUCGGGUGUAUACGGAUCCAGUCGCACAGUCAACCUGCACAAGGUCACGCCCGAAGUUGCUGAGGCAAUUGGACGUAACCUAACCACACUGCCAUCUGAUCCAGGCACCAUGAUGUCCGUGCAUCAGCUGAGGGGUCCCUCUGCGGCACCGAAAGACAGCUCUGUCUUUGCUGCCAGAGAGCCGCACUAUAUGGUCGAGAUCCUUGGGUUUGCAACGGUGGAGAAACGCAAGGAGGAGGCUGAGAAAUGGGCAUCUGACGUUGCGGAGGCGAUCUCGAAGACAGAAGCUGGGAAUAUUCUUCCCACUGCCUAUAUCUCUCUCUAUUCUGGUAGUGAGCGUGGGGUUGACCCGCUGAGUCAGUUCUAUGGCUCUCAUGCGGAGGAGAUUGUUUCGUUGAAAAAGGAAUACGACCCUGAGGAUUUGUUUCACUGGGCUGUGCCUCAGUUAAAAUAGGCAUUCCAGAUGAGGAGCUCAUCCAGGGCAGUGCGGAAUGCAUGAUGUGUUUUGAGACAUGAUGGUGGUUGUUUCUUUAGAAUAAUACACGUAUAAAACGUUUGUGGUAGGCUUAACAGUCUGUUGAGGGCAAAUACGAAGGGUCCGCUGCCCUAGACAGCACAAGAGGACUCAGCAACCAUAUUCUUGUUGUGAAGUACCUCCUGUAGGCGCAAAGGAUCAUGCGUAAGGGCAGUGAUAAGAAGCGGGAUACCUGAUGUAAGCUGUGGCUCCUUGUCGCUACAGUUUUAA